UUCCGCUUUAAGAGUGUGUUGGAGUUGCUUGCUCUGCUCCGAUUUGCAGUUGCAGCGAUCAUUCUGAGAUAGAUGAGCAGAUGAGAUAGGGGGGCUCACCCUUCGAUGAAAUCUCUGUUCACUCUCAUCUCCAUUGCUGCUGCUUUGUUGCCUCUCUCGCACUCUCUCUACCUGUUGAACCGCUGAGCCGUUUCAUCGCACUGCUUCUCUCCCUUCGUCUCUCAUAGUGUUUGCUAAGUCUGUUUGGUCGCUGGCUUGGUUGCUGUUCCAUUGCCAGGACGUGGUUUUCUUGAGGUUUCGAGGAUUUUGUUGAGUUGUGUGGUGUGCUGGGACAUAGAUUUACGACGUGUUUCGUGAGUACUGAAUAGUUUUUUUUUUUGUUUUUCAUAAUUUUCUUGUUGAGGCUCUAUUUUUGGGGAUUCAGGAGUGGGGAGGGUGUUGUUGGAGUGGUGGGUAGUGCGUGAAGGGGGAGGUUGAAGACGUAGACGCAGAGAUGGGGUCAGCGGUGGUCGCCCAGGGCUCUCAGUGUGUAGGUUUGAUAGCACCGACGACGAGUGUUGCGCAUGUAAGCAGUGCGAAUUCGAUCAAAAGGGCUGGGCGGACGCUACUUCGCACCCAAUUGUAUGGUAUGCGGUCCGGGGCUUUCGGCGUCGUGGGCCGGGUGCGGUUCUCGUUCAGGAUUUCCACCUCAACCUCGGUGUUACGCAUUAGGGCCCGUGUCAUUAACGACGUUGAGGAGAAAUCCUUGGAGACCAUUGCGGAUAAUUUGAAGUUUGAUUUCAAUGUGUACAUGAAAUCCAAAGCUCAGGCUGUCAAUGUGGCCCUCGACAAGGCGGUGCCAAUGCAAUACCCGGAGAAGAUUCGAGAGGCCAUGCGGUAUUCCUUGUUAGCUGGGGGGAAGAGAGUACGACCCGCCCUGUGCAUUGCGGCGUGUGAGCUUGUGGGAGGAAAUGAGGAAAUGUCAAUGCCAGCCGCUUGUGCUAUGGAGAUGGUUCACACCAUGUCCCUCAUUCAUGACGACCUUCCUUGCAUGGAUAACGACGAUUUACGGAGAGGAAAACCCACGAAUCACAAGGUAUUUGGAGAGGAUACAGCUGUGCUUGCUGGAGACGCGCUGUUGACGUACGCCUUCGAACACAUUGCACGCGAUACAACAGGAGUGCCUGCGGAUAGAGUUUUGAGAGUCAUUGCUCAUCUGGGGAAAGCCGUGGGUUCUGAGGGUUUGGUAGCCGGGCAGAUUGUGGACAUUGCAUCCGAGGGAGACCCAACUGUCGGCUUGGAAACCCUUGAGUAUGUUCACACACACAAGACUGCCGUUCUUCUGGAGUCCUCCGUUGUUUGCGGAGCCAUCCUUGGUGGAGCUUCUGAGGACGAAAUCAGCAGACUGAGCAAGUAUGCUCGCAAUGUGGGACUACUAUUUCAAGUCGUGGACGACAUCCUCGAUGUCACCAAGUCGUCGGCCGAGCUAGGGAAGACUGCUGGCAAAGAUCUUUUGGCUGACAAAGCCACGUAUCCAAAGCUGUUGGGGCUAGAGAAAUCGAAAGCGUUCGCGGAGGAGUUGACACGGAAAGCCAAGGAUCAACUCUCCGUGUUUGACCAACAAAAGGCAGCACCCUUACUUGGGCUCGCAGAUUACAUCGCUUACAGGCAGAACUAGUUACUUUCAAUCCUCCAGGUGUAGUUCAUAUGUAGGCUAGUAUAUUGUCAAGGUUGAAGGUUUCACACGGGAUGUAGGUAGACGAAUUCUAAAUUUGUGUCUGUAUCAUGGGCAACCUGUUCUUAUCCCAGUUCCUGGGAGCUUGUGGUUAGUAUUCUUUUCGUAGUUUGUAGACCUGGAAUUCGAGAUAUGUUGAGUACAUUUUCUGAGUGUCAAUUCGAAACUCAGCCGUGCAUCUCUUAGCAAGUUUCUUGCA